AUGAAGUUCUUCCUCAGCCCAGUCUUCCGGUGUGCGAUCGAAGGCACUGCAGAGGCUCAGCAUUGUGCAAGCGAAUUCCAGCCAAAGCCCGGCUCUGACCAUGUCAUAACAGCCAUUGAUGAGACUGAUGAUGCCGGCUACAAGGCCAAGUCCAGUCCACGACUUCUAGAUCGAUGGCUGGAUGCGGCAGUCCGCUUUGCUGGGUCGGCGCCCGUAUUCCUCUUGAUCGUUGCAGGGCUACUAACCUGGGCCUUGCUGGGAAUCCGCUUUGGUCAAUCAGACGUCUGGGUCGCUGCUAUUUCCGACGUACAAGCCAUCAUGUGCUACAUCUUCGACUCGCUGCUCAUGCGCCAACUUCUCCGCGAAUAUUCCGAACAACACGAAGCCAUGGUCCAGAUUCAAUCUCGUUGUACAAGUCACCGUCGUAUGCUCGAGACUGUCAAAGCAAAGCUGGGACCAGAGGGAAUCGCCCGCGCAGCUGAACUCUGCAAAGAUGAACCACCUCUGUCCCCGCUUGAUCAGGGUCUGGACCGUGCCGCGGGCCCUUUUGCUCGCUUGGUGAUCUGGUCGGCUAAGGCAUUUGGUCAUGUUACUACUGUUGGUUUGUACUGGGUGGGUAUAUUCAUUUGGCUGGGAUUCGGUCCUCAUUGCGGUUGGUCUAGUCGGUGGCAGUUGUACAUCAAUGACGCGACAUCUGCACUGAUGAUUCUCGUUUUUGCAUUCCUUGCUUGUUUGCGCGAGUGUUUUGCCGACCAAACGAAUAUCUGCCUGGACUCGAUUUUCAAAUUGGACGCCAAGCUAGAGAGAGAGCUUCGUCGACUCAGUCGGGAUGAAUUGCCCAAUCUAACGGUCACCAUCGCGCCGCCGAAGGAAAAUUACCUCCAAAUGGUCAUUUUCUACUACGCGGAUAUCAUUGGCACGCUUGUGGGAAUCAUUAUCCUGGUGCUGGUUGUCAUUGCCUGGGUGGUUGUUGGCCCGGUCUUCCAUUUCAACAAUACCUGGUGGUUGCUCAUUGGGACUUAUGCCGGGCUGGUCGGGUUAUUUGACAGUUUUGUGCUGCGGAAUAUUCAAAGUAAGGUUAAUGAGUAUGUCACUGAGCAAGUUGUCUGUCUCGAGAAGCAGGACAUGAUGUUGUAUUCUGGAUUAUCGGUGCCUGUGCCUCGGGUUCAACUCCGACCACCCUCGCUCAGCCAGCGCGUGUCUCACUACAUCAACACCAUCAGCUCGCAUCUGCUUAUGGUUGUUGCCGGGUUGAUUCUCACUCUGGGAUGCAUCGUGGCUUCUAGUGCGAUGAAGUGGAGCUUGACGGGUCAAUUGGUCUCAAAUGUUCCUCCUAGCAUUAUUGAGACUUUCUUCAUGCUUAUCUUGAUCACGGGUCACAACUAUGCGGAAAAGGAGCUUCGUGCCGACUUAACCGAUAUCUAUCAUCGGCGGCAGCGUCUUCUGGCCUUCGUGGGGCAUGCGGAGGGGGUAGUUGAGUGUGGAGAGGAGGUAGACUCGGUGAAGGAGGCAGCUGCUUCGGAGUGA